CUUUUCUUUUCCUUCUCCUCUUUCUUUCCCCUCUCCCCCGUUUUUCCAUCUUUGCUGACCAGGUUUGCUAUUAACGGGUCGCAAUGCCGGAACAACGUCAGCGCAGGGAGGAGCCGGAGCAAAGCUCCGGCUUCAAGGGUGCCCUUCAGGGCCUGGCUUUCUUCUUGUUGGCGCAGUUUGUGAUGAGCCAGUUCUUUGGGUCAAAGAACAACGCGGGCUCAGGAGCGAAGCCUAGUGAUGUGCCUUCUUUCAACACGCGUCCGCCUCGCAGCGAAGUGUCCAACUACAGCCCCGUCCCUGAUCUCGUUACCCCGAUUUGGCCCUCCGAUAGUGCCCUGGACCUGAACAUCUAUGUGUCGCCUUCGAUUCUUGUUCCUGGAUUCAAGUCUUUCCCAUCGGAUUCGCUCGUUCUGGAGGAGAAGAACUUUACUAUCGGCAACUACAGUGACACUAGAGAAAUCGAUACGACCAUCAAGAUCCCCAAAGAGGUUCAACGCAAUGGAACUCUCUGGGCGCAUUUCUUUGUCGGACUCACCGGACACCAGCUCGACCCUACCGCCAAGGAUUAUAGCACCGAUAGUGCCGUCCAUUUCUUCCGCCCCUUGAACCAGUACCUCCCUAAGAAGAAGGUGAAGAAGUUGAAGAACCUGCUGGCUUCGUCGGAGGAAACCGAGGAAGAAGAGGAUGAUGGCACUCCCGAUGUCUCCAUUGCGUCAUACUACCACCCGAACUUCACUGUGUCUGUUGUUCCUGACUCCGGCGCACAGAAGUACCGUCAGGUUCACCCCGCUGUUAGACAGCAUAUGCAGCUCGAAGCUACUGGCGCGCGGGAUGCCACCGGGCAGAAUGGCUGGUACUAUCCGAUUGUGUUCCUGAACACCUUUUGGCAGCUCAGAAGCCACAUGAUGGAGCUCAACUCGACUGUCGAGACCGUUCCUAUGCGUAUCACUCUUAACAACUUGCAGAACUGGAAGUUCAGCAUGAUGGCAAGUGUUGAUGAGAAUGCGAAGGCAAACGCUAAGCAGGCGGCUUUCGGUGGUCAGACUCCCGGUGGCGGCGACGGUAGCGAGUUCGAAAUGGUCAAGGAAGUCCUGCUCGACACGAACAUCUACCUGCUCUGCACAACUGGUGUGGUUACUAUCCUGCAUAUGGUCUUCGAAACUCUGGCCUUCAAGAACGAUAUCUCUCACUGGCGCAAGAAGAAGGAUGUUGUCGGUACCUCCGUUCGUACCAUCCUGGCGAACGUCUUCAUGCAGGCAGUCAUUUUCCUCUACUUGAUGGACAACAGUGAGAACACUUCGUGGAUGAUCCUCGCAAGUCAAGGUUUUGGUAUCUUGCUAGAAGCCUGGAAGAUCACCAAGACAGUAGACGUGCGCUUGCGUCCUCCGCCGGCUGGAUCAUUCUUCUCAUUCCUGCCUUAUGUUAUUGUCUUUGAGGACAAGCACAAGCUCAGCGAGACGGAGCAGAAGACCAAAGAGUAUGAUGAGAUCGCAUUCCGCUGGCUGUAUAUCAUUGCCGUCCCGCUCUUGGCCGCGUAUGCUGUGUACAGCUUGAUCUACAACACGCACAAGUCGUGGUACUCCUAUGUCAUCGAGACCCUUGUUGGCAGUGUCUACGCCUACGGCUUCCUGAUGAUGGUGCCUAGUUUGUACAUCAACUAUCGACUGAAGUCUGUCGCUCAUAUGCCCGGAAAGGCAUUGACAUACAAGUUCCUCAACACCUUCAUCGAUGACCUUUUCGCUUUCACCGUCAAGAUGCCUUGGCUCCACAGAUUGGCAACCUUCCGUGAUGAUGUCAUCUUCUUUAUCUGGCUCUACCAGGGCUGGAAGUACAAGGUUGAUUACAAGCGUGUCAACGAAUUCGGUCAGGGAGGUGACAGUGAUGAGGAGGAAGAGGAGCCUACACCGGCUGAGGAGCCCAAGGCCAAGGAGACAGCGACUGCCUCCGGAAAGGCAAGCUCUAAGCAGCCGGCUAGGAAGAGGAAGUAGACGUAAUUGGCUUCAUUCUUUCUAGAUGCAUUUCCAAAUUACUGUCCAUAGUUGAGAUGUUGGAGGCAUUUGUGGGCCAUAGCUUUUUGUUCCCCCCCACGAUGUCUAUUGCUAUCAAUCGCAUAAUGAGGAGCUGAAUACAGCUCAAGAUCAUCUAGAUCGC